AGCUCAAAUAGUCGGAUAAGGAGAAGAAGUAGAACAUUACAUCCGUCAAUGGCAUCUCAAGUCAUUCGUGAGUGGUCAGGGAUCAAUACAUUCGCACCUGCUACUCAGAAUAAGUUGCUUGAGCUCUUGGGACAACUUAAACAGCAGAAUGUGAACUCUUUGACUAUACUUGUGAUGGGAAAAGGUGGUGUUGGAAAGUCUUCAACUUUGAACUCCAUCAUUGGGGAAAGAGUUGUUUCAAUUAGUCCCUUUCAGUCGGAAGGGCCAAGACCUGUGAUGGUAUCACGAUCAAGGGCGGGUUUUACAUUGAACAUUAUUGACACUCCUGGUCUCAUUGAAGGGGGAUAUAUCAAUGAUAUGGCUCUCAGUUUAAUAAAACGUUUUCUUCUGAACAAGACCAUAGAUGUUCUGCUUUACGUGGAUCGCUUGGAUGCAUAUAGAGUGGACAACUUGGAUAGGUUGGUCGCCAAAGCUAUAACAGAUAGUUUUGGCAAAGGAAUAUGGAACAAGGCUAUAAUAGCACUCACACAUGCCCAGUUCUCUCCACCAGAUGGAUUGCCUUAUGAUGAAUUCUUCUCAAAAAGAUCUGAGGCUCUCUUGAAAGCUGUUAAAUCUGGUGCCCGGAUAAAGAAAGAAGCAUUUCAGGCUUCUACUAUUCCUGUUGUUUUGAUCGAGAACAGUGGGAGAUGCAACAAAAAUGAUAGUGAGGAAAAGGUUCUUCCAAAUGGGACUGCUUGGAUUCCUCAUCUAGUCCAAACAAUCACAGAAAUAGCAUUAAACAAAAGUGAGUCUAUUCAUGUUGACAAGAAUUUGAUUGAAGGGCCAAAUCCAAAUCAGAGGGGAAAAUUAUGGAUUCCUCUUAUUUUUGCUAUCCAAUAUCUCUUUAUCAUGAAGCCAAUAGAAGGACUGAUCAAGAAGGACAUUGCAAACGAGAGUAGGCCAUCAUGGGAGAAGCGUGAAGCAGGUUUUCGUAAUAGAGAUCUAUAUUAGUUGGGCACCUUUGCCUUCAUAAAAUUCCAUUGAUGUUUCAUCUAUCCAUUGUCUAUUUCUUUCUGAGUCAACUUAGAUGGUUUCCUUAUACUGCAAUUGCUAGUAGUCUUGCGGCAUAGGAAAAUGUUUGUGAUUUUGAGAGGAUUGUUUGUGUGCUGGGAAGUUGUUUACUUUUUGCAUAAUUCAGUUUGUUAGUAUUUGAUGCCUUAAACUUGGCAUUAGAUUCGGCUACCGUUGUUCACAGCUUGAUAUCCAACAACACUAGCCACGAACUUGAGUUUUAUGAACUAUUGAAAACUAUUACAGAGCCCAACAGAGACUAGGUGAUACUGGGGUGAAUCCUGAAUUUACCUUUCGUAGUUUUUCUUCUUUAUCUCAUUCAAAAGUAAGAGUUGAUAUGAUUUGGACUGUCACCAAACGAGAGUAGUCCAGUUGGUGUUAGUUUGCUACACAUAU